AUGGGGCAGACUUUAAAUAAGAUCAUGAGUGAAUUUGCUGAGUACAAUGGAGAUUUUGAGCAUGUACAAUACCUUGUAAAUAAACAGAUUUACACCAGUGAUCUACAAAAGAGACUAGGAAUAUCAGCAGGAAUAUGCAUUCUAAUCCAAAACAAACCAGAAGAGAAUGGAGACAAUGGAGAUUAUGGUCACAUUUCACUCCAAGGAUCAUACUUAACCUAUGACCACACGCACUUAGCCAUAACGGGGGGGUUGGGUAUCUUUGAAGGUGCAUAUGGACUGGUUAAAUUGCAGCAAAUUGUAUACCCAUUCAAGAUUUUCUACACACUUUACUUGAAGGGUAUUAAGGGUGAACUUCCUAAGGAGUUACUUUGUAAGCCUGUUGAACCUCAUCCUGGUGUUGAGCCUUCUCCUGAGGCUAAGGCCACUCUCCCUAGAGCAUGCAUCCCUAAUUUUACUGACUAA